AUGGCAUCGUUUCUUGUGACAGGCGCCGAAUUCGUCCGGCAGUUGGCCGCCAAACCGGAAUCCGAGGUCAAAUUGGUGCUUGCAACUUCGCGUGCAGAGAACGAACGUCUAAAGGAGUUGACUGAACAGUACGCUGGGCGAGUGGUCUUUGUUCCUCUCACCGUUGGCGACGAGACGAGUAUGCGCAAUGCCGUGCCUAUUGUUGAGGCUACACUCAAAGAAAAAGGAUUGAAUGGGCUGGAUGUCCUCAUCAACAACGCCGGUAUUGUCGGCUGGACGCAUGCAAAGGAAAUGGCCGACUUGGAUGAGGUUUUCCAUGUCAAUGUUACUGGCCCUCAUACGAUGAUCCAGGCUUUCCUGCCGCUCUUACGCAAGGGCAAUGACAAGAAAGUCAUUAAUAUUUCGAGCUCAGUGGGCUCGAUCGCUCGACAAGGUUUCUACAAGGACCUCUUACAAGGUUACCAAAGCCGCCCUGAAUGUGUUGAGUGUCGUAUGGUCGCAGGAACUGAGCGAGGAGGGAUUUACCAUUCUAUGUCAGAAUCCAGGGACUGUCAAAAUUAUCGUAUUGCACAAGAUGCUCCGGCCUCGCACUGUGCUCCGCUUCAUUAUUUACGCCACUCUCGCUUGGCUCGAGCGGACUUUUUCCCACGCGAUGGCUCUGUCGGUUUCACCAGCAACAAUGAAGACCGAAGUAACAUCGCUUUAAGCUUCAAAAUCGAUGAGGCUUCUGAUUCGCUCGUCGUCUGUGGUACUGGGAGAGUCCCUCUAUCUAGACCGGCGGAAUUAUCGCCCGAGCAGCAACAGGAGGAAGAAUACGAAAACGACGGCCGAAUUCGUCUGGAAACUCUUCUACGCGUGUCAGCGCCUGCAGGCGAUCACGAUGGAGUCAAUAUGCCUUGGUUUGACACGGCGGAUGCCAUUCUAAUGUUCCACUUUAUCCAUCGCGACGAAGCGCUGGUGAACCUGCAUGUUCUCUACGCGCUCGACGGAGGAACGCUCGAGGUGUGGCCGGGCGGGGAUGAUUGGACCCGUCCGUUGCCGUUGCAGAAUGAACACCCUCUUCUGUCAUUGACUCUGGACAGCAGCAGCAAUGAGCAUCGUGUGCUGGCAGCAAACACGCCUCCUCCUCCACUGUCCAGCUCGCCCAGCCCGACAUACCCAAUCCGAUGCACCGUGUUCAUGGUCCUGGCACCACUGACUAUUGCGGGCAUGGGUAUCUACAUGAGCAUUGUCUUGGUUCUGUAUGCAGUUUUGAACCUCUUUUUCCGGCUCUUUUGGGUCCUGGCGUUUUCGCUCUUGGUUUACUGGCUGUAUAAGCGUAGACCUCCCGUGGACGACUUUGUGCAUGAGGUUAUUGAUGGCGUCGCUGGCGGGUUUGUCAGAGUGCGAGAUUGGCUGGGUAGGUCGUUGUCUAGCAGAGAGGAACAGCAAGACUCUCAUGCUGAGCUUGAAAGUAAGGGUUAA